UUCUUACUUGAAAUAUGAGAAUGUGAUCAAUCGUAUUUGAGAAGACGUGCACGAAGGCGAAGAGGAGGCUUUUCGUGUUGUGAAAAAUUUUUCUUUUUAUAUGCCCACUUUGAAAGUAACGAAGUGGGAUAGAACUGGCAGCAUGUAUUGAACAUCAUGACUAAAGUUGUUGGCGGACUACAUCUUUGUAAAAGGCUCAGCUUACGUCAUCUAAGCUUUGACUUGUGGCGUUACCCUCUACUUCUUACUUGAAUUUAAUGGCUAGGGAAGCAAUUGACAUCGAGAUUGUGAAUGUAAUAAUAGAAGAGCUACGAUUUUUGGCUGGCUACGAAAGUAUGGAGAAGAAGACAAAAGUAGUGCUAAGAGAAGUACGGAGGGUUAGAAUCGUAGCUGUUGCGGCCGUUGCUAGCUAAUGUGAUUCGAUUUUCU